AGAGAGUAACUUCCGGCCAGGCCGCUGUCUGGGUGGCGCGGCCGAGUCCUCCCCCGGGCCUCGCCGCUUCGCGCUUCCACUGCCUUCCCCCCGCCUCGUGCGGGGGGUUGGGCGGCCGCCGGAGGCCACUCGGACCUUGCCCCGCGCCUGCGGUCGGCCCGGCGCCGUGGCUCUGCGCGCUGGGGGCCCGGGGUCGGAGUGGCUGCGGCCUACCCGGGCCCGCCGCUCAGCCCCAUGAGGCACAGCCUGACCAAGCUGCUGGCAGCCUCGGGCCGCGACUUCCCGAGCCGCCGCGACAGCCGGGAGCCGCCCGCCACGCGCGCGCCGCCCCGGGAGCCGAGCGGGGCAGCCGCGGGGGCGGAGACCCCGAGGCCCGGAUCGCCUGACCGCGAGCAACCUCACGGGGACGGGGACGGGGGCGAGCCGGAGGCCCGGAGCGGGAGCCGCGGCAGCGUGGCCGUGCGCGCGCCCGCGCCCUCGCCCCUGAAGAUGGAGGAGGAGGAGGAGGACGCGAUCGCCAUGGUCCCCAAGGAAGAGCCGGAGGACAUGGACUUUCUCUCCGGGCUGGAGCUGGCCGAUCUGCUGGACCCUCGGCAACCGGACUGGCACCUGGAGCCCGGGCUCAGCUCGCCCGGGCCCCUGUCCUCGUCCGGCGGAGGCUCGGAGAGCGGCGGCCUGUUGAGGGGGGACGACGACGACGACACCGCGGCCGCCGAGAUGCAGCGCUUCUCCGACUUGCUGCAGAGGCUGUUGAACGGCAUCGGAGGCUGCAGCAGCGGCGGUGACCGCGGCGGCGGGGAGAAGAGGCGGAGAAAGUCCCCGGGAGCAGGAGGCGGUGGCGCCAACGACGGCAACCAGGCGGCGACCAAGAGUCCCCGGAAGGCGGCGGCGGCCGCUGCCCGUCUUAAUCGGCUCAAGAAGAAGGAGUACGUGAUGGGGCUGGAGAGUCGGGUCCGGGGACUGGCAGCCGAGAACCAGGAGCUGCGGGCCGAGAAUCGGGAGCUGGGCAAGCGCGUGCAAGCACUGCAGGAGGAGAGUCGCUACCUACGGGCCGUCCUGGCCAACGAGACCGGACUAGCUCGCCUGCUGAGCCGACUGAGCGGCGUGGGACUGCGGCUGACCACCUCCCUCUUCAGAGACUCGCCCGCCGGCGACCACGACUACGCCCUGCCGGUGGGGAAGCAGCCGCCGGAGCCGCGGGAAGAGGACGACGCGGCGGGAGGAGUGUGUCUCCAUGUGGACAAGGAUAAGGUGUCGGUGGAGUUCUGCUCGGCGUGCGCUCGGAAGGCGUCGUCGUCUCUUAAAAUGUAGGGUCAAGUAAUCUGCUCUUUAUCCGCGUUUACCCCUUUCUCCUCCCUUACACCAUGUCAAACACCUUAGUGGGACAUCGUCACCGGACGCAUUUCAGAGGCGGAAAAAAAAGUAAUAUUAAAUCUUUUAAGUGUUUAGCUAAAAGCAUGAAUGUGACACUGUAACCAACUCCUAAUGAUAACCUGUGACUAUUAAAUCUCUCUGACAGUUUCUUUUUUAGGUGAUUUCCUUCCUGCCAGGCUCCGUUGUAGGGGUUACAGAGCAGUCGUUCCCGCCUCACAACCUGGUAAGGAUCCAUCUCUUCCCGUAACGCUCAUGCUCGGCUGCUUAGGCUACUUUAAUGGGCAGACAUCUCAAUGUGUGUGUGUGUGUGAUAUCUUUUUCUGUUUGUUUUUCUUUUUGAAAGGUGGUGGGAGGGGAAUCUUAAUUUGGGCCUUGUCCACCCUGGAAACAGACUUGUGCUGGUCAUUAAUGUACUUAAGUUGCUUCUGGUUGAAAUAGCUGUUAAAUGUGUCCCCUUGUUCAGAGUUGCGUGUACCUAGCUCUUCUGUCCCCAGUGUGGACAUGGCCUUGGAUGACAUCGGUUCCAACUGUACACAGAAACCUGCUAAUAGAGAUACAGUUUGGAGACAGUCAAACAGGUGAAGUUGAAUGGAAGUUCCGAGUUGUACAAGGUGCAAAUUGGAAUUCCAAUUGUAGAGCAACUUUUCAGAGGUUGACAAUAAGUAUUGAGGCAUGCGCAAAUGUGGUAUUUUUCUGGAGAUGACAAGUCUCCUAAAAUACUUAAUGAAUGCCUUAUAGUUUUCAGUAGAAAAUGCAGAAAUACAGUCUAUUUAAAGACCCUAAUAGUUCACCACUUGAGAAGUUGGAAAUUAACAUACCCAUCAGAUUUCUGUGUUUUAAUUAGAAGACGAUAAAUGAAAUGUUUCUUUGAGGACCAGCACAGUAAUUACUAAUCAAUGAGUAUGAAGAAAUUGUUGAAAGUAUUUAUUUUUGUUGUAUUAAAAUUUAGGCUAAAUUUCUGUAUGAUUAGAUAUUGAAGGUUGUGAAAUGUGAAUGAAAACAUGUAAAGUGAGGCUUCACAAAGAAUCUUUUCUCCAUAUUUCUAAAACUUUUGUCCUAUUUAAAAAUACUUGUUUAAAUUAAUGAAAUGAUCGAUACUGUUUUUCCAAAGACGGAAAAGUCUUUCCUUAAAAUACUGUUUUUUUGUCCACUUGUCUUAAGUGUGUGUUCUGAUGCUCUGAAAUGCAAGAGACAUUAAAUUCUUUGUGAAACAUCACUGUUUGAUAAAGGAUAUACGUAUUUAGCAUCCUUGUUUUUCUUUGUGCUAAAGUGGAUACAGCUGUUGGGGCAGAAGAGACGGGACCAGCUGCUGGCCACAUUUCCUGCUUUAUUUUAAAAGGUAGUAUAAGAAAUAAGGAAACAGAGGUAAUAUCAGGGCUUCUGCUGUCUUUUAUUUUUAAAAUGUUCAUAAUUAAGUAUUUUCCAGCAGUCCAAAGAUGUAAGUUAUCCUACACGUAAGAUGUUUUAUUUUGUUACUUGGUUAUGGAAAUGGAAUCUUGUUCUUGCACAACUGUAAAUGUUUUGUUGCUAGAUAAUAUGAUUUUGAGACCUAAAUUAGUCUCUGGUUUUUCAGUCUAUCACAUUUUGUAAAAAUCUCUACUGCACUUGAGCAUGAAUGGGUAGUAGCCAAACUCACAACUUGGAGUGACGGACCUGCUUCUACAAGGGUAGGAUACAAGCCCCACAAUGCAGCUGCAUGGAUUUCAGUGCCUAUGAAUUAUAUAUAUAUAUAUAUACAUAGAUAUAGAAACCAAAAGUAGUUGGAAAUUUAUUUGAAAUGACUAAUUUGUGCUCUUUCUGAAGUAUGUUAAAUGUAGCUUUUGAAACAGAAGCCUUGAAUUGAAAUUUAAUACUUGAACAUUUUUGUAUAUAUUUCUUUGUAUAUAAUUUUGUGCAGAACCAAUGACAAACAUAUGGUGUCAUAAUAAAAUCAGGUUUGUUGAUCUUUCAGUUAUGGGCUCAAAGAAUUUAUUCAUCUCUAACAUGAUAUUGGAAAGUAAUGGAUGAAAAUAGGAAAAAUGGUUGUUAAUAUAGACUUAAUCGAAAGGUUCUGGAAGUAGUAAGUUUGUUUUCCUAAAAACUAUACCAUUUCUGUGGAAUAUUUUCUUAACCUCAGUGCUUUUCCUGCAUUUGAAGUGUGGGCUUGGGGAAAAUUAGUUUCUGAAUUGGGAUGUUUUGAAAUUCCAAGUACAGAGUCUUAGGCUGUCAUUUCAUAAAUGGCAGUUUGGAGAAUUAGGAAUUCUCAACAGUGGAAGAUCAGAGUGUCCUGUUUUUAAAGCUGCUUUCUUAGGUUCCUUAUGUCUUAUUAACUGUGUUUUUGUUUCCAUUUCAUUGUUUUUUUCUAGUUUUGGUGACAGUGAUUUUUGUCAUUUUUUUUGCAUCAACUCAUGGUCUUGUUUUUACAUGGUAACUGCAUGUAUGUAGGAUCUAUCAGGGGCUUUAAAUAAAUUUUGCUCAUAUUUAUGUGUAAGCACAUUUUACUGUAAAUGUUUGGGUUUAAUUUACAGCAGUUGUUUAUUUCAGUGUGUAGUAAACAGUAUCUAGAGUGUUCUGUUCACUACUUGUUAAUUAAAAAAGUUAUGAUUAAUAUAAAACUGUUGUCUUACUAUUUUUAGAAAACUUUUGUGAAUAAUUAGUAUUUUGAUAGAGAGUUCUGAAAUACAAAAUAGAUUGCUUUGAAAAUUUCAGGUUUGGGUGUAUUUACUGUGAUGUUGAGAACAAUUUAGUAUUUGGGGAACUGUUUCAGGUUUUAUUCUUGAUUUGUACCUGUGUAAAAAUGAUAGAAAACCUUAAAAUGUAGCUUUUAAAUACCUGUCUUCCUAUGGUAGUUAAUAUUCAUACAUUAAUUGACUAACACAUAUUGGCAUAGUAUUUCUAUCAUAGUAGCUUAAGUUUUUGUCCUUUUUUUAACCAUACUUAAAAGUAUGUUUGUUAAAAAAUGUAGUCACACCUCUGAUAUAUCCAACAAAGUAUUCAAAAUAUUUUAAAUAUCUGUACAUUUCAUACUCGCUAAAUUAAUCUCUUUCUCUUCUCUUUAAACAGCUUAGCAGUAUCUGCAAAAACGAAUCUUUUCCUACAACCUGUUAACUGACUGGACUGAUGGUAACAGUAAUUGUGGGAGCCAUGUCGGUCAAAAAUUUGGCAUCUGCUGAAAGACAUGAAUGCCAUUUCCAAGGUCCCAAAUUACUUCUAUACUGAUUACACUUUCCAGAAAUGGAGAUAUGAAAAGAUUCUCUGGAAUGCUUGAAAGACUUAAUAGAAACCCAUGAGACUAAGUUAAUUUUGGAACAAAAUUACACCUCUUUUUUUUCAUUCAUGGCAAUUAACACUAAAUUUAUCGUAUACUUUAAAAAAUGGUAACCAUUGGAGAAGAGAAUUCUAGAGUUUCAUCAAGAAACAUUAGGUUUUACACAAUCAAGGACACUUUGUGGAAUUAGACUUAGUGGGUUAGAAUGACACAAGUGAGCUAGCAGUGAUCACAAACCUCAUGAGUUUGUAUUCUGGGAUGGAAAGAGCUGCUUUGGAAGACAGACACGUUGCUGAGUAGAAUAAAGUCCUUAACUAAAAGAUUAGUGUCUUAAAAUAGAUGCAUUGAUUGUGUGUUUUGAAAAGGUGAUUCUGAUAACGUGUGGGUGCUAAUUCAGGGCAUCAUGAGCGUGUGAGCAAUCCUGGGGUUUGGUAUCUUCAGUGUUCUUAGUACUUGGUCUUUUUGAAUGUGUUGAGGUUUCUGAUGAAUGAUAUAGUUUCUGUUGUUCUAUGUUAAAAUUUCUGUGGUAUUCUGUAAGGAUCUUUAUAUUCUGGAUGAUAAGGGCUAAUUCCAUAAGUAAACACUUAGAACCCAUUCAUUUAUCAUCUGGAAUAUGCUAAUGCACCUUCCUUCUGGUCUAGA